CCCCCCCCCGGAGCAGGCGUCCGAGUCAGGAGUCCCUCGCCGGGGGUCUGAGGACGCCGUCACCUGAAGGUCGAGGCUGAACGUCAUGCAGGAUCCAAAUGAAGAUACAGAAUGGAAUGAAAUUUUAAGAGAUUUUGGCAUUCUUCCUCCAAAAGAAGAGCCAAAAGAUGAAAUUGAAGAAAUGGUUUUACGUUUACAGAAAGAAGCAAUGGUUAAACCAUAUGAAAAGAUGACUCUUGCACAGUUGAAGGAGGCUGAAGAUGAAUUUGAUGAUGAAGAUAUGAGAGCUAUUGAAACAUAUAGAGAAAAGCGGUUACAGGAAUGGAAAGCUCUUAAGAAAAAACAAAAAUUUGGGGAGUUAAUAGAAAUUUCUGGAAAUCAAUAUGUGAAUGAAGUCACAAAUGCAGACAAAGAUGUAUGGGUUAUAAUUCAUCUAUACAGGUCAAGCAUACCAAUGUGUUUGUUGGUUAAUCAGCAUCUUGGUCUUCUAGCAAGAAAGUUUCCAGAAACUAAAUUUGUUAAAGCCAUCGUGGAUAGCUGUAUUCAACACUACCAUGAUAAUUGUUUACCAACAAUUUUUGUUUAUAAAAACGGUCAGAUAGAAGGCAAAUUCAUUGGAAUUAUAGAAUGUGGAGGAAUAAAUCUCAAGCUAGAAGAACUUGAAUGGAAGUUAGCAGAAGUUGGAGCAAUACAGACUGAUUUGGAAGAAAACCCCAAAAAAGGCAUUAUAGAUGUGAUGGUAUCUUCAAUAAGAAACACUUCUAUUUAUGAUGACAAUGAUAGUUCAAACAGUGAUGAUGACAAUACCAAAUAGAGGGAAAUAGUUAAUAAAUAGAUUUAAAGUGUUUA